AUGGCCGCCACGGCGACUGUCGCGGGCAUGCUUUGCCUCUUUGCUGCCGUGAUGGCAGCCUCCAUAACCAUUUACCGGGUCUUUUUCCAUCCAUUGAGGCACAUCCCGGGUCCUGUAUCCUGCAAGAUUUCCAUGUGGACCUGGGUUCACGCCGAUUGGAAUGGCAAGCGAGCAGAUAUUAUCCGCGAGCUGCACGAAAAGUAUGGCAGCGUCGUCAGAAUUGGUCCUCGCGAAGUCUCAUGUACCAAUCCGGCUGCAAUUCCUUUGAUCUACGGCCCGACAGGCCCCUCCAGUACAUUUGUUCGAGGUCCAUGGUACACAGCGCAGAGCACGAUGCCAGAUGUACAUUCGUUGCAGAACGAGCCAACCCUACCAGAACACAGCCGUCGUCGACGGGACUGGGAUCCGGCCUUUUCAAUCAAAGCAUUGGCUGGCUACAAGGGAAACAUACAACGCAAUGCGGAAACACUGUUGGAUCAAGUCGCUAGACUAUCGCGCGAGGGGUUGGUCGACAUAAGAGAGUGUAUGAUGUGGUUUGGAUUCGACGUGAUGGGCGAGCUUGGCUUCGGCAGGUCAUUUGGCACUUUGGAGGCCGCGAAGACAUCUGCGUUAGUACAUCUGGUUGAGUUGGGUGUGCGAAGUAUCAACUCGAUAGGGAACGUACCCUACGUGGCACAUGUGAUGCGUUUCUUCCCAAGUCCCAUUCAGAAAUUCGAGGCGUGGCUAUCAGAGGCUCUCGAAUGGCGGAUGAGCCACCAGGGGGAGAAAGAAUUCGUCGGCGCAGAUGUUUUUGCCUAUUUGCUCGGGGAACAGGGCAAACAACGUCGCAAAUUGGACCGGCGAGAGCUGCAGCAGGACUGCAUGCUCAUGGUCGUCGCGGGUUCCGACACGACGUCCAACUCCAUGACCUUCUGCCUUUACGAACUGGCCCGGCACCCCGACAUCGUAGCCAGGCUGCGGGAGGAGCUUGAUCCACUGGUCUCCGGGCCUCUCCAGCCGCAAGACUUUGACAGCUUGCGUGACAAUGCGCCGCUGCUCAACGCGUGCAUCAACGAGACUCUCCGCCUUUGGCCGCCAGUCCCGUCGGGACUGCAGCGGACCACGACAACAUCCUUGACCUUGCCUGAUGAUGCCCGAGGCAGUCAAGGCAGGAUCGUCUUGCCGCCUGGCACUGUCGCCUCGACACAUACCUGGACAAUACACCGCGACCAAAAGAACUUUUGGGACGCAAAUAGCUUCAUUCCCGACCGCUGGAUGGAGACCAAUGAAGGUGUAGCGGCACACAACGCCAAAGCCUGGGCGCCGUUCGGUUUCGGGUCAACGUCGUGCAUUGGGAAGAACUUAGCCUACAUGGAAAUGAGGGCAGUCUUGGCCCAGUUUAUCGUCAGAUUCAACUUUGCCAUUACCCCAGCAGAUGAUAGGGAAUUCCUAGAGUCAGUUCGGGAUCAAUUUGUCGUGUCUGCUGGGGCUAUGAAGCUCCAAAUUGCGCCUCGAAAGCAAGAGUCGUGA